AUGGGGAUUGCUAAUGCGAUAAUGUUCGCAUGGAAGGAAAAGGAGAUGGAGCCCUUUGUAAGGGAGACGUUCGGGAGGACCAUACACAUCCUGAAGCUGGAGGUAAAGGACGUGUUGUGCCUCCAGGCGAAUCCCCUGGAAGGGGCAUAUGAUGUCGUGCUACACACAGAGGGGAAGCAUGACGAGGUCAUGGGAAGGGUGAAGGUGGUGGAGAAGGCUAGACCCAUGUGCCACUAUGAAGUGGCGAGCCUGGCGAGGAACAGUUUCAGAGUGGUGACGGUUAACAUGUUUAACCCGCAUGUGAAGGAAGAGGAGGUGAGGGCCUUUCUGGGGAGGUACAUGGACAAUGUCUCCUCAGCAAGGCUCCUCAAGGACAUGCUCGGGUUCUGGAACGGGAGGAGGCGUUUCCAGGCCUUAUUGAAGGAAGACCCAGGGGGCCUGGGGGGGUACCUUCAUCCACCUGCACUGUUUUCCCUGGGGGCUGAUGGGGGGACAUUAUUUUAUGCCCGUCAGCCUCCGUUCUGCAGACGCUGCAUGACGUAUGGACAUAUUUUCGCCUCAUGUGGGGGAGGAAGUGCAGGGUGUGUGGGUCAGGGGCGCACGAGGCGAAAGACUGUGGUGAGCCAAAGAAAUGCCACGGGUGUGGAUCAGCAACACAUCUGUGGAGGGACUGCACGGCUCGCCACAAGUCAUAUGCAGCGGCUGCAGGGGGGGGGGGAGCAGGUGCAGGAGAGGGGAAUGGGGGAGGAAAUGGAGAGGGAGUUCCAGACCCGAGCCAAGGGCCAGUGGGAAGUCCGGCUGCAACAGAGGAGGCGCCGGGAAAAGCAGCGGGAAGAGAGGAGGAUGGGCAGAGGACGGAAGGAAAAGGACAGGAAGGAGAGGCGGGAACGGCGACGGUGA